AAUAGACUGACAGUUUGUGAAAACCCUCCACUGCUUUUUCCAAAACUUCACCGCACAGCUUCACUUUUGCAAGUGCACUUAGACUUUGUGCAGCUUUCUGACAGAAGCAGGUCUUGAUUUCAACCAGUCACUGCACUUCGCCGAUGUGAGUUAUGUUAGUGAUGUUAUGGACAUUUAUCUGAAGAGGAAUGUGCCCGCUGUGCAUGCACGAGCCUCUCUGUCAGCAGCUCGGACCUCUGUGUGGAUUUCGGUGAAAUCUUUGGACUUGAGUGUUAGAUUUGAAUCGAGAUAACCUGGACGUUGCAGCUCCAGGAGGAUCCUGGUGAGAAUUUACUGGAAGAGCUUUUCUCCCUCAUCCAACAUGCGAGCCAUCCCCUCCAGACUCAGUUAUCUGUGUCUACACUUAUUUGCGUUUUGCUACUAUGCUCAGGUAACCAAUCAGUCCCCGCCUAAUUUCACGCAGCAUGUUAGCGAGCAGAGCAAAGUGACGGACCGCGUGAGCCGCAGGCUGAUCCGGAUCUACCAACUGUACAGCCGGACCAGCGGCAAGCAUGUGCAGGUCCUGCCCAACAAGAAGAUCAACGCCAUGGCCGAUGAUGGAGACGUGCACGCUAAACUCAUCGUGGAAACAGACACAUUUGGGAGCCGAGUGCGAAUCAAGGGAGCUGAGACGGGCUUCUACAUCUGCAUGAACAAGAGGGGGAAGCUCAUUGGCAAGAAAAAUGGACAGGGCCGCGACUGUAUCUUCACUGAGAUCGUCCUGGAGAACAACUACACGGCCCUGAGGAACGCCCGCUAUGAGGGCUGGUACAUGGCCUUCACCCGCCGCGGGCGGCCACGGAAAGGCUCGCGGACGCGCCAGCAUCAGCGCGAGGUCCAUUUCAUGAAACGGCUGCCGAAAGGGCAGCAGCCCACCCACUCCAGCCACCACCGGCCCUUCGACUUCAUCCACUACCCCUUCAGUCAAAGGACUAAACGUACGCGCUACUCAUUGGAGCGCUGAGGAUGGAGAGAGACUGAAAAGAGAGAGAGGAAACACUGACAAAGUGCCCGCAUCACUCUCCUCUCAGAUAGACAUUUCAUGCUGAGCAUUACUAGAUCUUAAAAUGUAGAUUGAUUUCUAUUUUUCAAUAAGUCAAAAAGCUGUAAAUAGACAAAAAUAUGAGAAAUCUAUUUUUGUACUCCAGACUUAGUACUGACCUGUGUAAAAAAAAAAAAAAAGAAAAAAAAAAGUUUGUUUUUAGAUGUCUGACCUACCCAUCUUAGUAGAGUGCGUUGUGUUGUUGUGUUUCAUUUUCACCCGUGGAGUCUUGUUGGACUCUGGCCUGCUGCUCAAGGAGACUUGAAGGGCCCGGAUAGGCUGCUCUGCCAGGAACGCUGCGUUCAGAGACACGAAGUGUGACACACUGCAGUGUUUCAGUAUCCUGACUGGCUCCUUCUGUACCUUUCUCUCAGUGAUGGGACAAUGUGGCAGCUACAUGUGAUAAUCACAGGUUUCCUCUUCUGACUGUAAUAUUGAUGUAUAAGGAACCCCGACAUACCCCUCCUGUGUUCUUGUUGCCCCCUGGAUGUCUGUUUUAUACAUAUAUAAAUAUAUUUUUAUUUCAG